AUGUCAAGCGCCGACCGAAUCGAACUCGGCCCGAAUCUGCCUGUGUUGAUGAACACCAAGUUUGGAUGGAUUGCUGAAAGAGUAAUUGCGAUCGACGCCCCUGUCGUUGCGCGAACAUUUUGCCAGACUGCUGAAGACGAGCCGCUUAUCGAGCUGUUAAAAAGUUUUUACAAGGUGGAAGCUUGCGCCAUGAUCCGCUCGUCACCUACGAUGGACGACGAAAUAUGCCUAAAGCAUUUUCAGCGCACACACCAACGAACAGAAGAGGGAAGAUUUGUGGUAAGGCUUCCAUUUAAUGCCUCUCGUGAGAUGGCAUUAAAACGCUUUCUAAACUUGGAGAAAAAACUGGACAAGCAACCUGAUCUGAAAAACCAGUAUUGCCAGUUUAUACGAGAAUAUGAACUGCUGGGACAUAUGCGUGAGGUGCAAGAGGAUUUAACUGAUGAAGCAAGUUCUACGUUCUACCUGCCGCAUCACUGCAUACUGAGACCAGCAAGUACGACCACGAAAUUAAGAGUCGUCUUCGAUAUUCGGUGUUCUCUGUUUUGUUCAUGCGAAUGGCUGGUGAACAUAGUGUAG